UUCGUAAAUAUAUCUUCAAAGCCGCGUUAUUGUCACUCGUACAUGUCCGCCGUGUGUAGUGAUAAGACAAAACAGAUGUGUUACGUUUUGGGCUCGUCUCAAACGUUUUAAAAAUCUCCAUCGUGUCAACAAUAAUCGGUGAUUUAUACUCGCAAUAUACAAAUAAUAAUUGCCAGUGCGUUCUUAUGUUCUGUAGUAGUGUCCAGGGGAUAUCGAUUGUAAAAAUAACACCGAGGUAAUAUAACGUGGAUGUGAAAAAGCUGUGAAUACACCACACCGAUCGUUACGCCCUUGCGUUAUAGCUUUAGAACUCGUAAUGUCUGAUACUUGCUAAUCGCUCUUUUUUAUGUCUAAUAAUUCCUGCAAUAAUAAUUAUAAUAAUAAUUAUUAAUCUUAGGAUAAAGAAUAAUAAAAAUUUUAGCGUACCGUAUCAAUAAUCCUGCUACAGGAAAAAUAAGGCCUUAGGGUUUAACGUCCUUGAUUGGAAUUAUCCAACGAUCUGCCGAUAAGAUUAGAUAAUAAGCUAUAUAAUUACACCAACUUGCAAAUAAAUGAACAAUAAAGAAACAAAAGAAUUAGGACAAUGAGACUUGAAUUAAUGUUAGGAAUUGAUUUAAACAAGAUCAAUUGCCGGGUGAUUAAAAUGUGUAUCACUAAAGAAGAACAAGAACAUUAACAUCAACGAGUGGCAAUAAAAUAAAUUGAAGAUUGGAUGUGACAGCUAUACUCUGAAGAAGAUGUCACCGCGAACUGGCAGAAAAUCUCAUUUUGAGGAUUGGAACAAUAGCGAAGUCGUUGAAGCACUCGCUGAUGAGAAGAAACGGCGAACAGCAGCCUGAUGUCACCAUGUCAAAGUCAUGUCACGUGACAGAGGACUUGGUGCUGGUGAAUAUGUAACGGAUGAGUACCAAGAUGCUGUCUCGUUGGCACGGGAACGGUGCCACGGGCUAGAGCUUCGAUUGGAACGAAGUGAGACUGUUGUAGCAUAGCGAUGAGCGUCGAAACUGAUACACUUGAACUCGAGGUCUUCGAGGUACGAGACAACGAUUGUACCGGCGAAACCUCCGGCAAGCGAGGAGCAUCACUGUCAUCAUCAAAACUCGGAAGAUCAUCAAAACCCAGAGACAUUGAACCUAUAGUGCUGGCGAACCCCACGACCAGCAGCAGUAGCACCUGGCGCAAGAAGCGGAAGCGUCGGAAAUCAAAAAACAAGCAGCAACUGCAGCUGCAGUUGCCGAGUAGCCAGCGCCCAAGCUUGGGGCUGGCUCACCAGACAGUCGUAAAUUUUCCGUCGUCCUCCAAGGACUUAGAACAGACUGAAGGCGAGUGCUCGAAGCGCGACUCCUCGAGCAGCCUCGGGGGGCCCAGUGCUCGCCACACCACCUUAAGGGAAUCUCUGCUAACCGUGCUUGGCAAGCUAGUUGUCUGGAAAGGCACCAGGUACCGACCCACUCCCACGAACCCGGCCACUGGAACGUCCACUAAUUCCUCUUCAGUGCCACCGAACUCUCCUCCAGCUACUGAGUGCAUUGGAAGAGGAACUGUUUUCUUCUCCAGUGAAACGGAAAGGCGAAUUCGAGCGAACAAUCGCGAGUACAAUUCACAAUUUAAAUAUGCGAACAAUUAUAUAAAAACGUCCAAGUACUCAGUAUUGACGUUUCUGCCAUUGAAUUUGUUUGAACAAUUUCAACGAUUGGCUAAUUUUUACUUCCUAUGUCUGCUGGUGCUUCAAAUGAUUCCUGCAAUAUCAUCUCUAACCCCAAUUACUACAGCAAUACCUCUUAUUGGGGUACUUACACUCACUGCCGUCAAAGAUGCCUACGACGACUUUCAACGACAUAGCAGCGAUUCUCAAGUUAAUAAUAGAAAGUCGCAGACAUUACGAGGUACCCAGCUCAAAGUUGAAAAAUGGUCGCAAGUGCAAGUCGGCGACGUUAUUAGGAUGGAAAACGAUCAAUUUGUCGCCGCCGAUGUCCUUUUAUUAUCGACGAGCGAACCUAAUGGCCUCUGCUACAUCGAGACUGCUGAAUUAGACGGCGAAACAAAUUUAAAAUGCCGUCAAUGUUUAACUGAAACUGCUGAGAUGAUGGAUAACAACGAACUAAUUGGUGAAUUUGACGGUGAAAUUGUUUGUGAAACGCCCAAUAAUUUAUUGAAUAAGUUCGAUGGUAUAUUAACGUGGAAAGGCAACAGGUACGCCCUGGACAACGAUAAAAUAAUAUUACGUGGUUGUGUGCUACGGAACACACAAUGGUGCUACGGAGUGGUAAUCUUUGCAGGCAAAGAUACCAAAUUGAUGCAAAACUCAGGAAAAACAAAAUUCAAGCGAACCUCCAUAGAUAGACUAUUAAAUCUUCUAAUUAUCGGAAUUGUAUUUUUUCUGCUAUCACUUUGUUUAUUUUGUAUGAUCGGCUGCGGCAUAUGGGAGAGCCUGGUAGGCCGGUACUUUCAAGCAUACUUACCCUGGGACUCGUUAGUGCCUACAGACCCUCUGGGGGGUGCGACAGUAACUGCCCUGCUAGUAUUUUUUUCAUACUCGAUUGUUCUAAACACUGUUGUGCCAAUAAGUCUGUACGUUAGUGUCGAAGUCAUCCGAUUCGUCCAGUCCUUUUUGAUAAACUGGGACGAGGAGAUGUACUACGCCCCGACGAACACCCACGCCAGGGCAAGGACCACCACCCUUAAUGAGGAGCUGGGCCAGAUUGAGUACAUUUUCUCCGACAAAACCGGAACGCUUACGCAGAACAUAAUGACCUUCAACAAAUGUUCCGUCGCUGGAAGGAGCUACGGCGACCUUAUAGACGACGUCACCGGUGACAUUAUUGAUCUCAGUGAGACAGACAGAUCCAUCCACAAGUCCAAAAAGUUUACCGACAUAAAGAUGCACUGGAAAAACGGCCAGGAGUUUGUCCAGCAGCACCCGGUCAGCGCGAACGUCCGCUUGCUCGAACAGGCUGACCAGAUAUCGAGUACUACGCCGGAACCUGCCAUCAGCGCCCUCAGUGAGACGCUCGACACUUCAACUGUUCCCCCGUUGGAUUUUUCCUUUAACGAGUACUACGAGCCAGAUUUCAAAUUCUACGACCCAACACUCUUGGAAGCAGUGAGAAAAGAGGAUGAAAAUGUCCACUUAUUUUUUCGUUUGUUGGCAUUGUGUCACACAGUGAUGCCAGACGAGAGAAACGGCCGGAUAGAAUACCAAGCGCAGUCUCCAGAUGAAGCGGCGCUGGUGUCUGCGGCUCGGAACUUUGGGUUCGUGUUCCGCGAACGUUCGCCGAACAGUAUAACUAUUGAGGUUAUGGGCAAGCGGGAGAUAUAUGAGCUUCUUUGUAUUUUGGAUUUUAACAAUGUAAGAAAACGGAUGUCUGUUAUUCUCCGACGGAACGGACAUCUUAGAUUGUAUUGCAAGGGCGCAGACAAUGUCAUUUACGAGCGAUUAAAAGAGGGAAGCGAGGAGAUUAUGAUGAAGACUCAGGAACACUUGAAUAAGUUCGCCGGUGAAGGGCUCAGGACUCUUUGUUUGAGUGUCAAGGACCUUGAGGAGAGCUUUUUCAAUGACUGGAAGCAGAGACACAUGGAAGCGGUGCUCAGUGGCGAGGACAAAGAUGAUAAAUUAGACGCCAUCUAUGAGGAAAUUGAGAAAGAUAUGACCCUGUUGGGCGCCACUGCCAUUGAAGAUAAAUUACAAGAUGGCGUUCCGCAAACUAUCGCUAAUUUAAGUCUCGCUGGUAUCAAAUUGUGGGUUUUGACUGGCGAUAAACAAGAAACGGCAAUUAAUAUCGGAUACUCCUGCCAGCUGCUAACAGACGACCUAACAGAUGUGUUUAUCGUCGACGCAACGACUUACGAUGCCGUUGAGACUCAACUUAAUCGGUAUCUGGAGACUAUUAGAACGGCCUCGAGCCAGCACCGAAAGCCGGCUCUCUCCAUCGUCACAUUCAGGUGGGACAAAGAAAGUGAUACAGAGUACAACCGCGACGAACCAGAGGAUCAUGAAACAGAGUCGUCGUCUGAGUUCGCCUUGGUCAUUAAUGGACACUCGUUAGUUCAUGCGCUUCAUCCUCAGAUGGAAAAAUUGUUCCUAGAUGUCUCUAGCCAAUGUAAAUCGGUAAUUUGCUGCCGUGUAACGCCGCUGCAAAAAGCCAUGGUGGUCGAGUUGAUAAAGAAAAACAAGUCCGCAGUAACUCUCGCGAUUGGAGAUGGAGCUAAUGACGUUUCGAUGAUUAAAACCGCUCACAUUGGUGUGGGUAUAAGCGGCCAGGAAGGCUUGCAGGCUGUCUUAGCGUCCGAUUACUCGAUCGGGCAGUUCAGGUUCCUGGAACGGCUGUUGUUUGUCCACGGGAGAUGGUCUUACUACAGAAUGUCAAAGUUUUUACGUUAUUUUUUUUAUAAGAAUUUUGCAUUCACCUUAUGCCACAUAUGGUUUGCCUUCUUUUGUGGAUUCAGCGCACAGACUGUAUUUGACCCGAUGUAUAUAUCAGUGUACAAUUUAUUUUAUACUUCGUUACCGGUACUGGCUGUGGGUGUAUUUGACCAGGAUGUUAACGACAAAAACAGUCUUAUGUAUCCGAAAUUAUAUACACCGGGAAUGCAAAAUUUGUUGUUUAAUAAAAAAGAAUUUUGUUGGAGCGCUUUGCAUGGUUUCUGGGCCAGCUGUAUACUUUUCUUGGUACCUUAUGGAACAUAUAAAGACGGUGUAUCACCAAAAGGCUACGUACUUUCUGAUCACAUGCUGCUGGGCAGCGUCGUAGCAACCAUAUUAGUUAUUGUUGUAACUGUACAAAUAGCCUUGGACACAUCAUAUUGGACAAUAGUGAAUCACUUUAUGGUUUGGGGUUCUGUUAUUUGGUAUUUUAUACUCGAUUAUUUUUAUAAUUUCAUCAUUGGCGGUAGUUACGUCGGUAGUUUAACUAUGGCAAUGUCAGAAGCAACGUUCUGGUUCACAACAGUGAUUUCCUGCAUAAUGUUGGUAAUCCCAGUUCUGUCCUGGCGGUUCUUCUUUAUAGAUGUCCGACCAACUCUAUCGGAACGCGUCAGACUGAAGCAGCGAUUGGCGCAGAUGCGCUCCCGUCAGUCCCAAGAUAUCCUGCGAACGCCAUCUACAAGGAGAACAAGACGUUCUCUCAGAUCUGGAUACGCGUUCGCUCAUCAAGAAGGUUUCGGGCGUCUCAUAACCUCUGGUAAAAUAAUGCGAAAAUUACCGAACGGUUCGGACUUUAAGUUCGCCAUUCCGUUCUCAAAUAACGUAUCCAAACAAGUAAGUGCCGCUACGACAUCUCCACCUCCACCAUUUACACCUAAUGACGUUAGUACGUCAGCACGUAAUAAUUCGCACACGCAUAAUCUUGAUACUAUCAAUCUGUGAGGUUAUUUCAAGUCUAAAUACUUUUUUUAUAAAUAUUUUUAUUUAAGAAUCAGAAGUUUAGUGUUAUUAUAUUUAUAAAUUAUUAUUUAAC